AUGGCCCAUCAGAGUGAUAAAAAAAUUUCGAACAACACCUCCGAAAGCUACCUGGUUGACAAUAAUAGCCAUUGCAGCAAUCACCAUGUUAAAGUCAUUGGCCUAGAGGGGAGAGGGAGAAACAAUAUCACCUUAGAGGUUUGCGAGGAGUUUAAGUUUCGAUUUAGGAGGGUUGAAAGUGAUUUUGAAUUCGAAAAAGGAAGCGAUACCGACUUAUGGAGGAGAGAGAGAAAAAUCAAUGCCUAUUUUGAUGAAUUGAAGAUUGUUGGAGAUAGGAUCUCAUGA